AUGAUUGAUGGCUUUCAAAGAGCUCUGAAAAGGUGCCAAGUGAUGCAGAGGACCCCUAUAAUAGAAUGCGAAAUGUUGAGAGGUUCCAUAUUGUCAAGAACGAAGGGAAUCACUUUUGUACAUGAUCAAUGUCGGGUGAUUUGGCUAGGAGACUUGAACUACAGGAUAAACCUGCCAGAGGCUACGACAAGAUCCUUAGUAAAGAAUAAGGAGUGGAGCAUUUUAUUACACAAUGAUCAGCUGAAGGCUGAGCUAGCAAAGACCAUGUCUUUGAGGGGUGGCAUGAGGAGGAAAUCAAAGAAAAAGAGGAGAUCUCCUGCAUGGUGCGAUCGAAUAAUUUGGUUUGGCAAGGAAUUGAAGAAAAUUCAAUAUAAUAGAGGAGGAAUGGGACUAUCGGAUCACAGAUCCGUUCAAGCAAUUUUCACUGUAGAGGUUGAUGUCUUGUCAAACAAAUUUGAUGAUUUAUGA